CCACUUACAAAUUACAAUUCUUUCUAAACUCAUAAAUUUUUUGCCCCAACCACACUAUGGAUGCCCUGCGCGUCACACCUACACCCGCGCCACUGCUCCGCCGCCACCACAGCCGCGAAAUGGCGCGCUGCCCCGUUCCGCCGCGCCCCCGUAUUAAGCCCUUCGUCGCCGCCAAGCUGUCCAAACCGCCGGAGGCUGCGCACUCUUCCACCGCCUCCGCCGUGGUUGUGGAGGAUCUCUCGGCGGUGGCUCCUCCGCGGCCCCGGGUGUCGCCGGAAUCCCUCCAGUACCCGCCUGGCUACGUCGGCGCGAUUCCGAGCCGGUCGGGUUCCGAAACGAGCGAGGGCGUGAUGGGUGCGAUGACUUAUUUGACGAAUAUUCUCUCUUCCAAGGUCUAUGACGUGGCCAUUGAGUCCCCUCUUCAAUUGGCGCCAAAGCUUUCUGAUAGACUCGGUGUUAAUGUUUGGCUCAAGAGGGAGGAUUUGCAGCCUGUUUUCUCGUUCAAGCUUCGUGGAGCUUAUAAUAUGAUGGCAAAGCUUCCGAGUGAAACGUUGGAGAAGGGGGUUAUUUGCUCGUCUGCUGGGAAUCAUGCUCAAGGAGUUGCAUUAUCUGCCAAGAGGUUGAAUUGCAGUGCGGUGAUUGCUAUGCCUGUUACCACUCCAGAAAUCAAGUGGAAAUCUGUGGAGGCGCUGGGUGCCACGGUUGUGCUUGUGGGAGAUUCCUAUGAUGAGGCACAAGCAUAUGCUAAGAAGCGGGGGCUAGAGGAGGGUAGGACAUUCAUACCUCCUUUUGAUCACCCCGAUGUCAUUAUGGGUCAGGGGACGGUUGGGAUGGAAAUUGUGCGCCAAAUGCCUAAUGAAUUGUUUGCAAUCUUUGUGCCUGUGGGAGGUGGUGGUCUCAUUGCUGGUAUUGCAGCUUAUGUGAAGAGGGUUUCUCCAGAGGUGAAGAUUAUUGGGGUGGAGCCCACUGAUGCAAAUGCAAUGGCAUUGUCACUCCAUCAUGACCAGAGAGUGAUUCUGGACCAGGUUGGAGGAUUUGCAGAUGGUGUAGCUGUUAAAGAGGUUGGUGAAGAAACUUUUCGCAUAUGCAAGGAGUUGAUAGAUGGUGUUGUUCUAGUAAGCCGUGAUUCAAUAUGUGCAUCGAUAAAGGAUAUGUUUGAGGAGAAAAGGAACAUAUUAGAACCAGCAGGUGCACUUGCACUAGCUGGAGCUGAGGCAUACUGCAAGUAUAAUGGGAUCCAGGGGAAGAAUAUUGUAGUAAUAACCAGUGGAGCAAACAUGAAUUUUGAUAAACUUAGGGUUGUAACUGAACUUGCAAAUGUUGGUCGUAAACAAGAGGCUGUGCUAGCAACUGUUAUGCCAGAGGAGCCUGGCAGUUUUAAACAAUUUUGUCAAUUGGUGGGGAAGGUCAACAUCACAGAAUUCAAAUAUAGAUAUAACUCUAAUGAGAAGGCGGUGGUCCUAUACAGUGUUGGAGUUCACACAGUCUCAGAACUAAGAGCAAUGCAAGAGAGGAUGGAAUCUUGUCUUCUCAAAACUUACAAUCUCACAGAAAGUGACUUGGUGAAAGACCACUUGCGUUACCUGAUGGGAGGCCGGUCAAACGUUCAGAAUGAGGUUCUUUGUCGUUUCACCUUUCCAGAAAGACCUGGUGCUUUGAUGAAAUUUUUGGACUCCUUCAGUCCACGUUGGAAUAUUAGUUUAUUCCAUUACCGAGGGGAGGGUGAAACUGGAGCAAAUGUACUAGUUGGAAUACAGGUGCCCAAAAAUGAUAUGGAUGAGUUCCACGGUCGUGCCAACAGACUUGGCUAUGAUUAUAAAGUGGUGAAUAAUGAUGAUGACUUCCAGCUUCUAAUGCAUUGAUGAUGGUGUUAGGCACUAGUCAUUAUUGUGUAUUUUAGUGGACAAGUUUGUCAUAUUUAAUUCCACGGUCGCUUCCAAGAGUUGGAAAGGAAGUGGCCCCUUCGGGCAUGUCAUUAGUUAAUUAGAGGAAACUAGUGCUUUUUACCUAGUGUGACAGCUUGUUACAUUUUUAUAAUAUGUAACUUAUGUUUUGUUUUUGGAACCUUUGAAAUACCCUAUUGUUGACUAGUCUUUUGUGUCUGUAAUGUAAUAUAAGCGCCCUCAAAAGGUUGUUGUUUGCUUAACAGCAGCCUGAGCAUUGUGGUGCUGCGUUUUAACUUUUAAA